CCACCCCCCAUCAGCAACCCCUCUGGCUUUUCGGCAUAUGUGCUCAAGUUAGAUAUCAUCUUCUUUUGGAAUUUUUGCUUUGGCCUUUGUGUAAUAUUGGGAGACGAUCUGGGCGAAGAGAACAGGGAGUAAGACAGCUGGGGUAGAGUUUCAAAUGAGGGGUUGAGCUGAACCGCUUUCUCGCAUACAAGAGCUAGCUUGGGAUAAGGGCGCGAGGACAAAGACGAGAGCCAGAGCCACAUUUUUUCUCAGCUCACACGAGCGGAGGUUUGGAAUUGCGGGUCUAGAACGCUUGGGGCUGGGGUUUAAAGAUUUAAAGCUGUUGGAUCCCCGCGUUGGAGACAGACAGAGAGACGGCUUGAACAGGCUUCCAAGAUGGGCAGCACACCGGACGUUUACACGACUUUGAAGGAGCAGUUGAAGGGCAGCGGUGCGGAGGUGCUUAUGCCGGAUGAUGGCGAGAAGUACGAGCAGAGUAUUAAGCGGUGGAGUGAGCAUUGUGAGAAGAGAGCUGCCUGCGUCGUCAAAGCGACCUCCCCCGCCGACGUCAGCACAACCCUGUCCUUCAUCCGCGCGCACAAGAUCCCCUUCGUCGUCCGCGGCGGCGGACACUCGACGUCCGGCAGCGCGUCGAUCGAAGGCGGGCUUGUUAUUGAUCUGAGUUUGAUGCGCAGGGUUAGUGUGGAUCCGGAGAAGAGGACGGUGCGCGCGGAGGGGGGCGCGAUUUGGGAGGAUGUGGAUGUUGAGGCGGCGAAGUUUGGGCUGGCUACUGUGGGGGGGACUGUGAAUCAUACGGGCGUAGGUGGACUGACGCUCGGAGGCGGGUAUGGGUAUUUGACGGGGAAGUAUGGGUUGACGAUUGACAAUCUCCUCUCGGUCGACAUGGUCCUCGCCUCGGGCGAGCAAGUGACAGCCUCAGAGACGGAAAACGCUGACCUCUUCUGGGCCGUCCGCGGCGCUGGCCAGAACUUCGGCGUAGUAACCGCCUUCACAUUCCGCGGCUACCCGCAAGCGAACCCAGUGUACGCCGGGACGCUCAUCUUCCUACCCGACAAACUCCCCCAAAUCGUCGAAUUCGCAAACAAAUUCCACGACAAGAACGACGGUAACCAGGCGCUGUUGUGGGGCUUCUCGUGCCCGCCUCCGGACAAUGCACCCGUGGUGCUGGCGCAGUGCUUUCACAACGGCACCGAGGACGAAGGCGCCGCGUUCUUCAAGGAGCUGGUCGACGCCGGGCCCGUGGCGAACAUGAUCGCCAUGGUUCCGUACGAGAAGCUGAACUCGCUGCUCAAUCCCGCUGCGGGCUUCGACGGGCGCAAGAUGUUCGGCGGCGGCGCCUUCAAGCUGCCCCUCAACCCCGCCUUCGUGCAAGCCCUGCACGCCGACUUCCUCGACUUCGUCAACGCCCACGAGCGCAUGGGCGAGAGCUUGCUGCUGUUCGAGACGAUUCCGUAUGCCAAGGUCGUCGGGGUUCCGAACGAGAAGAUGGCGUUUUCGAACCGUGGGAACUACUAUAAUGUGGCUACGUGCUUCAAGUGGUUCGACGCCAAGCUCGACGACGAAAUCCGCGCCUUCUCGCGCAGCCUGCUGAAGAAAGCGAGUCAGACGGCCGGCGUGGCGCAGGAUGAGGCGGUCCGCGCUGUCGAGGGGGUUGGGCAGUAUGGCAACUAUGCCACAGACGCCGAUGUCCCCGCUAGCGAGAUCUACGGCAGCAACGCGAAGAGGCUGGAGGAGCUGAAGCACAAGUACGAUCCGGACAAUCUGUUUAAUAGGGGGACGAGGCUAGUGCCGAGGCAGCUGGUAGUGGUGAACUGA